AAAUCUGAGUCGUUGCCUGGGUAGAAAUAUGAAACUCUAGCUGCUCUCUGUUUGCUAGCACGUCUCCCUAUUCCAGAACCCUAGGGAAAACACCAAAAAAAAUUCAAAUUGGAGAUCAGUCUCUGGGUACUUUUUGUUGGGAUUGCGUUGCAAUGCAGUAACUUUUUCUGGGUAUUUUCAGGACAACUUGAAGCUCAAAGUGAGAAGAAGAGCAGAAGACCUUCAAAUGUCAAUUGAUGUAAUGUGUUUACGUGGUGUUAGAUUUUUGGUUUUGGAAUGAGUCCUGCAUUACUUCCUAAACAUGUAGCUGCAGUUGUAAAAUACCAAAAAGAUCCGCUCAAAGCGCUUGAAAUUUUCAAUGCGGUAAAGAAAGAAGUUGGGUUCAAGCACACUUUGUUAACCUAUAAGUGCAUGAUUGAGAAGCUUGGGUGUCAUGGGGAAUUUGAGGCUAUGGAGAAUGUGCUCGUAGAGAUGAGAAUGAAUGUAGAUAGCAGUCUGCUUGAAGGAAUUUUCAUUGGGUGCAUGAGAAAUUAUGGACGGAAACAGAAAGUUCAAGAAGCUAUUGAUGUGUUUGAGAGGAUGGAUUUUUAUAAUUGCGAGCCAACGGUUCUAUCAUAUAAUGCCAUAAUGAAUAUUUUGAUUGAAUAUGGGUAUUUUAAUGAAGCCCACAAGGUGUAUAUGAGAAUGAGAGAUAAAGGGAUUGUUCCUGAUGUGUACACUUUCACAAUUAGGAUAAAGUCAUUUUGUAAGACAAGGAGGCCUCAUGCUGCUCUGAGGCUUCUUAGAAGCAUGCCUUUACAGGGAUGUGAGAUAAAUGCAGUUGCUUAUUGUACGAUAGUAGGAGGGUUUUUUGAAGAGAACCAUCAGGUGGAGGCAUAUGAGUUGUUUGAUGAGAUGCUUAGGCUGGGAAUUUCUCCAAAUAUCACUGCAUUUAAUAAACUUAUACAUAUUCUUUGCAAGAAGGGGGAUGUUCAAGAAAGUGAAAAGCUGCUGAACAAGGUUAUGAAGAGGGGUGUAUUUCCAAAUUUAUUUACACUUAAUAUCUUUAUCCAAGGGCUUUGCAGAAAAGGUGCACUUGCUGAGGCUGUUAGUCUAUUGGGUAGUGUGACCAGGGAAGGUCUAAUGCCAGAUGUUGUUACGUACAAUACCUUGAUAUGUGGCUUGUGCAAGAAUGGCAAGGUUGCAGAAGCUGAAAGAUUUUUGCAUAAAAUGGUGAAUGAAGGUUUGGAGCCAGAUGGUUUUACGUACAACGCUGUAGUUGAUGGAUGUUGCAAAUUGGGGAUGAUACAAUAUGCAGAUAAGAUUCUCACUGAUGCAAUUUUUAAGGGUUUUGUUCCUGAUGAGUUCACCUAUUGUUCCUUGAUUAACGGGUUAUGCCAGAAUGGUAGGAUGGACCGAGCUGUGGCUGUAUUUAAUGAGGCUUUGGGAAAGGGAUUAAAGCCUAAUAUUAUUAUGUAUAACGUUCUCAUCAAAGGGUUGUCUUUGCAGGGACUCAUUUUGCAGGCUUUGCAGCUGAUGAAUGAGAUGUCAGAAAAUGGUUGUAGUCCCAACAUAUGGACUUACAAUAUUGUCAUAAAUGGAUUAUGCAAGAUUGGCUGUGUCUUUGAUGCUAAUAAUUUGCUGAAUGAUGCGAUUGCCAAAGGCUACAUUCCUGACAUUUUUACAUUCAAUACUUUGAUUGAUGGUUAUUGCAAGCAGUUGAAAAUGGAAAAUGCAAUUGAGAUUCUAAAUCAAAUGUGGAACUAUGGUGUCACUCCUGAUGUGAUCACAUAUAACUGUGUGUUGAAUGGUCUCUGCAAAACUUCUAAGUCAGAAGAUGUGAUAGAAACAUUUAAAGCUAUGACAGAGAAGGGGUGCAUUCCCAAUGUAAUCACAUAUAAUAUACUUAUAGAGAGCCUCUGUAAAGCUUGGAAAUGUAAUGAAGCAUUGAACUUACUUGAGGAAAUUGAAAAAAAGGGUCUGGCUCCAGACAUUGUUAGUUUUGGUACACUGAUCCAUGGCUUUUGCAGUAAUGGAGACUUGGAUGGUGCAUAUAAGCUGUUUAGAAGAAUGGGACAAAGAUACAAGGUUUCUUUUACAACAGCGACAUACAAUAUCAUGAUUAAUGCUUUUUCUGAGAAGCUAAAGAUUAAUACGGCAGAAAAGCUUUUCCAUGAAAUGGGUGAAAAUGGGAUUGCCCCUGACAGUUACACUUAUCGUGUCAUGAUUGAUGGCUUCUGCAAAACAGGAAAAAUUGAUUCUGGUUAUGAUUUCCUUCUGGAAGAGGUUGAGAAAGGGUUCAUUCCAUCUUUAACAACAUUUGGACAGGUUAUAAAUUGUCUUUGUGUAGAGGAUAGAGUUCAUAAUGCAGUUGGUCUCAUCCACCUGAUGGUAGGAAAGGGUAUAGUUCCUGAGGUUGUGAACACAAUUUUUGAGUCAGAUAAAAAGAUUGGUGCUGCUCCUAAGAUUGUUGUAGAAGAUUUAUUGAAAAAGGGCCACAUAACUUAUUAUUCUUAUGAGCUUCUUUAUGAUGGAGUUAGAGAUAAGAAGCUACUAAAGAAGCUUCAAAGUAGGUAAUCUCAUGAUUCAUUAUGUUGAUAAAUCAGUUUUGUGAUUAGAUAGUGGAAACGCUUGUGGCAACCAAAAAGAAGUCGCAGGAGCAUUUAGUACUCUGCUUCAAUUCCAUCAAUUCUUACUUCAAGUGUGCACAUCUUUCUCAGUCAAUGUGAUAAAUGUUUUCUUGGCUGUUCAGGUUGAGCAAAAAGGAUAGAACUAGUUAUUGACAACCACUUUUCUUAAGAUAUCAAGAGUAGCCAUUCUGCAUGUUAUCAUUGUGCUUCGAUUCUAGUUCAAACUUUCUAAACAUCCAUGAUAUGGUGGUGCUGGUGCAUUUGUUGUCGAACACUGAAAAUGUUUAGCUCAUCAUGCUUCUAACAUAAGCAGGUGGCUAACAUAGCCUGUCAGUGUUUGUGAUGAUCAUUAAGGUGACUGCAUGCAAUUAGCAUUUUCCUCCCAAAACAUCACUAGGUUACCUUAUGUUAGUUUAAAUUUAAAAGUUAAUAAUAUAGGUAAGCCUCAUCGAUGAAUUAGCUGUAGGCUUGCAGUACAUUGCUGUGUUGUUGUAAAUGCUGGUUUAAGUCCUUACAUUUGCCUAGUAUUUGGAUCAUGCUGACAAGCUGCUAUACUUGGCUCUUCAUUUGCAUGAGUUUACACUAUUGAAAUCACGUCAUCUUUCUUGUCAUAGGUUCACUCCAAUGUUAUUCAUGACUUGUAUUAUAUUGUUACAAAUUGUUCAAUGUCUUGUUUCUGGGUUAAUAGUGGAUAUUUUAUGCCGCAAACAAGACACUUGAUUGUAUGUCAAUGAAAUUAAAGCUGGAAACACCUGUUCUUUCCAGUGUUUACUGUUUGUACAUGAUCUUCUCUGAUGAUUAGUUUCCUAGUGAAUUGGACUUGAAGAAGCUGCGAGUCCACGAUUCAGAACCAGGGCUCCCGAGAUUUCAAGUCCAAAUAAGUCCUUCAAAGCUUGCAGAUGAAGAUGUACUAAACUGUGGAGAAUAAAGGCCUUUGUUUUUUUGGUUUCUUUGUCUUUUGGUCACAAGAAUGUCUGUAAAGUGCACUACAAUAAUAAAGAGACGAUGUGGAUCAAAGAAAAAUUUAAAAGUGCAUCCUUUGUAAUAUUGACUUGGCACAAUGUUUUGCUUGUACCAGAAGGAGUGACGAAUAAAAAGGCAGAACAGUUGAUUGCCAUAGAUGUCAACUGAGUGAGUGUACCUCAUGUCAGCUGCUUACAAUGGCAAGAUCCAUAAAAAGAGUUCUUUGAAGUCAA